CAAAACUGGCUAUACCAGUAACCACUCUGAUGUCUUUCGCUCUCUAAGCCUACUCGCAGAAGUGCUUUCAUUUAGUACCUAUAGACAUGUCUCAAAGCAAGCCUGAGGAGCGUCUAGCUUUGGAGCUGAGCUGUGCGAUCUGUUUGCAGCUGUACCGUGAUCCCGUGGCCCUUCCUUGUGGACACAAUUACUGCCUGGGUUGCAUACAAAAUGCUGCCAGCGCAGAAGAUCCCAAGUCGCCGAAACGGUGCCCGGAAUGCAGGGAAGAGUACGGCAGCCCCGAGAAGCUUCCCAAGAACUUCAAGCUCAGCAGUAUCGUGGACGGGUUCCUGGUGGCCACGACAGGCGGCGGACUGAGAGGAGGCCCGACGGUGCCAUGCGACCAGUGCCUGGACAACCCUAUAGCUGCGGUGAAAUAUUGCACACGCUGUGAAAUGUCACUGUGCCCUGGCCAUCUCAAAAAACACGAGGAACGACACCGCUCGGUACACGUUUUAGUGGAGCUGCCCGCCGAGCGGGAUGGGAAGAGGUGCCCGGUGCACUUGAAGGUCACGGAGUACCUGUGUACGCAGGAGCGACUGUUCCUCUGCUCCGAGUGCUUGAUGGAGGGCACUCACCAGCACCACGAGGUGCAGACGUUUGAGGUGGCGAAGGAGGAGAUGAAAAGAGUUCUUGAGGAACUGGGGAAGGCUGUGUCUGACAAGCUACAGAUGACAGAAGCUCUGCUGAAAAGCGCCAGCGAAGGCCCUACGGAUAAGGCCGAAGAUAAACUGGUGGCCAGAGCAAACAUAUUGCUGGACAACAUGACUUCGCUUAUAAGUACAUACAAGAGUCGUAUGAGCACCGUGAUGGACGACAAGCUUCAUUCACGGGACAAAAGCUGGCAGGCCAAACUAUGCGAUUUGGAAGGUUGUCUACACCAGCUGCAAGAUGCCCAGAAGUGCACCGGUGAGGUUCUGUCUCAAUCCUCAGAGUUUCUCUUCAUCCAGAACUACCUCAACGUUGAAGCAAGAGUCCGCCAGGCAGCUAACGUCACCAUUCCUGCCCUACCUUCCGAAGAGCCUUCCAAUGCCAAGCAGCUGCGCUCGGUCCUCCGCACAGACGCCUUCCAUGCCGAAAUGAGUCUUCUGUUGGAGUGCCUCCACAGCAUGAUGAACCCUCUAGACCUGACCUUCAACCCAGCCACGGCCCAUCCUAGCCUUCUGCUGUCCAGCGAUCUCAAAACAGUCAAGCAGUGUGCCGGAGUUAAGAGCAAUACCAGUGGAGAUCAGAGCGAACGCUUCUCCACGGCCACUCAGGUCAUGUGCACUGAAGGUUUCUCCACGGGAGUUCACAUGUGGGCCGUAGAAGUUGGUCCUGGGUGUAUGUGGUCUGUGGGAGUGUGCUAUAAAAGCAUCCCACGUAAAGGUGACCACAGCAGGCUCGGGCAUAACGCCAGUUCCUGGAGAGUGCAGUGGAAAAGCAAGAAGCUGACGGCGUGCUACGACUCGGCUAGCGUGGCCGUAGGUGAAGGGCUGGUCAUGCCGCCAAAGAAGGUCGAAGUGACCCUGGAUUACGAAGGAGGAACUAUUGCAUUCCACAGCUCAGGUCAAGGAGGGCGAAAACAGCAUCUUUAUACAUUUAGUGCCGUGUUCAAGGACAUAGUGUAUCCUGCGUUCGGGAUCCACUCUACUUCAGAGGAGUCGUGGAUAACCAUUCUGAGCGGCGUUUGACACCAGAAUGCUUUCAUUUUUAUUCUUUCUUCAUUCUCUUUGUCCUUUUUUCAUUCUUUAUGCAUUAUUAUGUCUAAACAUCUGAAAGAAACACCCUGGUAUAGUCUAGGAAUGCACACAUUAUUUACUAAAGAAAAAACCUUGUAACCACUUUGCAGUUGUUGAUGUUAAGUAAAAAUGUUGGCGUGAUAUUAAAUUCUUCAUUUAACAUGCUAAAUGAACAAAUACCAACAAUCUGUACAAUGAUCAAGAAUGUAGUUACCAAUCCAAAAGGAAAUGGCUUGAAAUUUUGAGAUGGUACAUAUGUGUCACCUCAGUUUAAAUAGGCAUGAUGCUUCUGAAACAGUCAUAAUGUAUGUAUCAGAGCAAAAAACACAAUUACAAAUCAACUUUUAAACUGUGAAUGAAAUAUAUGUGCAACACCUUUAAGUAUUGCCAUACAUUUAAAAAUAGGACAAACUGAAUGGGUUUUAAGUGUUACUUAAGUCUAGUUUCUUUGGUCCCAUAUACUAUUUAAGAAAGUAGAUGAAGUAAUACCACAGACAGUGUGUUUUAUCCAGAGGUCAGCUAUUUCUGUAUCUGGGAAACAAUCAAAUUCAGAUGCCCUUAAAAAAAAAACAGAGCAUGAAUGUUAUCAGUGCUUUUUGUAUUUCAUAAGAGUUUUGCUUCUAGUUUCACUUGAACAAAUGGGAAUGCCCGUAAAAGUGACUCUAAAGAAUGCAAAGUAUGCGUGUACAUGAUGAGCAAAUUAACACACAUGCUACUGAACAACAUUAUUCAGAGACAUACACUCUUAAAAAAUGUAGAUUCCAAAAGGGCGUUUCUGCAGUGAUGCCAUAGAAGAACCAUUUUUGUUUCCUCAAAAAACCUUUUAGUGAACAGGUCCUAAAAGAACCAUUUUGAAAAACUUUUAAAAAAUCUAAAGAACCUUUUUUGACUAUAAAGAACCUUUUCUGCAUUUAAAAGGUUCCAUGGUUAUUAAAGGUUCUUCACAGAACCACUGAUGCCAGUAAAGAACCUUUAUUGUUAAGAGUAUAUGCGCUGUUUUGCUGUUUAGAAGUUGGAUAGAUUAUGGAGUUAGAAGUUAAACAUGGAAAAAUGCCUGCAGCAAUGUUCUUAUCUGUACAAUGGUCUGUAUGCUUUCACAAUGAACAGAAAUAA